AUGUAUGCCUUCAAGGUGGCAGACUGCCCCAACGAGGAGGCGCACGACUGGACCGAGUGCCCCUUUGCGCACCCAGGAGAAAAGGCACGCCGCCGCGACCCUCGAGUGUUCACAUACACCGGGGUCGCCUGCCCAGACUUCCGCAAGGGCGUCUGCAAGCGCGGCGACGAGUGCACGUACGGCCACGGCGUGUUCGAGUGCUGGCUGCACCCCAGCCGCUACAGGACGCAGCUCUGCAAGGACGGCCCCGGCUGCGCGCGCCGGGUGUGUUUCUUCGCGCACGGCGACGCGCAGCUGCGCGCCUCCGACGGCCCCGAGGUGCAGGCGGAGGAUGGCGACCCUUCAGAUGCGUCAGCUGCCAGCAUGGUCGGUGAGGAGGGCACCAUGUCUCGCACGUCUUCGUGCACUGACGCAAGCGCGGACCCUAAGCCUGCGGCGCCCUCCCCCGCUGCGGCGCCGGCCCGCGCCGGCGCCAGCGGACGCGCGCCCUCGCCGCCCGUCAAGGGCGCAGCAGCCAAUGCGGGCAAGGGUGGCGGCGGCGGUGGCGGCGCCAGCGGCCGGGGCGGCAGCCGGUGCGGUUCGCCGGCCGUUGGGGCCGCGCCGCGGGCAGCGUCCCCAGGGCCGGCCAAGGGGCCGUCUCCCGUCGCGCCAGCCUCGGCGCCCAUGGCUACGUCGAUGCCGCGGGACAAGCGCGGGCUAGAGCACAGCCCGUCGUCCGCGCUGCUCGCGGCCUACGCGGCCGCCGCUGGGCCUGCCAAGGGCGCCGCCGCGGCGCCCGUGGCCUGCGUGGCCGCCGCAUCCCCGCUGCUGCCAGGCUCUGCAGAGGACCUGGGGCUUUUCUCUGCGUCAUCGCACUUGGGAAGCUUUAGCGAUUGCGGCGCGUUUGGCAUCCAUUCAGACCUGGGGCUGGCGCCAUGGGCCGCCGCCGCGCCCUUCAGCAGCGCGCUGCCCAUGUCCCUGCCGCCGCCGGCCGACCCCUCAGCCCCGUACGCCGCGGCCUUCGCCGCCGCGCGCGACGCGGCCGCCGCGGCGCUGUUCGGCGCAGCGGCGGCGGCGGCGGCGCAGCCGCAGCUGCCCCCUGGGCCGGGGGCAGACCUCGGCGCUGACGGCGCGGCGUGGCUCGCGGCGCGCCACCACCAGCACUUGCUCACACUCCAGGCGGAGGCCGCGGCGGUGGCGCUGUGGCAGCAUGAGCAGGCGCAGGCGCAAGCCCGGCAGCGGGCGCAGCAGCUGUUUGAGCUCGAGCUCGCGGCGGGCAGCCCCGCGGCGCUGGCGGCGCUGCAGCAGGAGCAGCUGCAGCGGCAGCUGCUGGCCGGGUCCGCCCUCUGCCUCGGGCGCCUGUGA